ACCUACCGGAAGAGAAGCUUUGUAGACGAGUACACAACAAAUUUGUGCAUAGGAGAAGCAGUUCCCGAAAAGAAAAUAUUUGGAUAACUUAAUUAAAAGACAUCUGGAAUUUUCGCACAAAUAAAUUUUGAAAUUCGAGGCGUAAAAAUAUAUGGUAGGUUGCUUAUUUUCUUUGUUACAGGUAGUUACAACCAUUUCUUUGGGCCUGAGACUCACUCAAAAAACCAGAACCAAGACUUAAACUUAAAACUUAAAAUUGUAAUUAUAAUAGACUUAAACUUAAUUAGGUAGUUAGACUGCAUUUUAAGUGGUUAGCAGGCUAUACUAUAGUAUAAGCUUAUUAUUUAUAAAGUAGGAAGUAGUAGAAGUCCUAUGACUAUACUAUAUAUUUGAUUUAUUAUUCACGAAUUGAAUUAGUUAUUAGUUCAAAUGAGACAGAUGGUGGACAUGGACGGUGUCCAGUUCAUUGUCAGUAGUUCAGUAGUCUAGGACUUGGCAAUAAUUAAUAAAAGAAAUUUUUCUAAAAAUAAAAUCGAUUUAAUGAGAGACAUUACAUUAUGUUUAUCUUUGGGCAACAAGUUUUUCUUAUUUGUGGGACAUAUAAGGAGUAUCUGGUAAGAAUUCUUCCAAGUCCAAAUGAUUGAUACUCAUGAGCAGCAGAGUGAGUGAUGACAGGCUAUAUGUGGCAUGUGCGACUUAAGUUGUGCAGGCCUGAAGACGUUGUGGGCCUAUGUUACAUGAUGCAGGCAAGAGUAAUAGUAAAUUUAACGGCAUGGGUUUUAGCAAGAGUCGUCUCACCCUAAGCGCAGUGACGUCACUUUAGGGAAUCCCAACACUAGACUUAGGGUGAAAGGACCAACAGUUAGACCAGAAUGAUGAGAAUGAUAACUCUCCUGUUCUUCACUGAGCAUUAUUAGCAUCAAAAACACAAAACGACAAUUGAUAUAAUUAAUAUAAAAUAAUUUAAAAUGAAAUUUUCCAUUUGCUUUUUAUUAAAAUUCAACUUCCAAGUUUCAAAAGAAAUAAAAAGAGAAAAUCAUCCUAGUAGACCCCAAGACGAAAGCCGGAACAUGGUUAAAAGUUUUAUUUUUAAUUGGUUGAAAAUGAAAUACCCAUAUGCCCCUCAUUUAUUUAAUUGUAAUGUUGAAAUUUAACAGGACAUUUAAACAUAUUUUUCUGGGGAGGGUAGAACCCUCCCCCAGAAAAAAAAAAGUCUCAAAGAAAUACAGAGCUAAAUUUGGAAAUAUUUUAAAAGGUGGAUCUAUGGCUGGUAGUUGAACUGGGGAACCUCCAUGACCUAUGUACUGUGGAUGAAAUUGCCAGCCCUACCACUAACUGCAUUUUAGCAGAAUAGACUACAAAUUAAGAGUAAUAAAUAAUUUUAAUUUUAUGAUGUUGAUGUUCAUUAACAGAUGAGAUUGAAAAGCACUAUUUCGUUUGAGAGUAAGGAUACAUGGAUCUAAAUAUAGGCCUAUAUAAGGCGGAAAUAGAAGAGAAAAGAUAUUGUAAUGGAUAGUAAGAUGGCAGUUGAUCGAAUGUUAUUAUUCUAAAGGCAUUGGAUGUAUUGUGACCGUACUUCAAUCAAUCAUCAUUCUAUUAUUCAUCAAUGUGUAACUUGUUCUAUACAGAGUGAUUUGUUAAUAAAUAAAUGAUAUGAUCAAAUAGGACUUCUGCUGAUUUAUAGUGUGUGUGAGACAGAGGUCAUCGAGUAGGCAGAGUAGCACUAGUACAGUAAGGGUCAUGCUUCUAUGGAUGACUGCAAGGUUGCCUGAUGAUUUAAGUUAACUUUAGUGCAGUCGGGGGAUUUGCCAUAUGUUACAACUACCAUAUUGAGAACAAAUUUGUGCAAAGGAGAAGCAAUUCCUGAAAAGAACAGAUUUGGAUAACUUAAAAGAAAUCUGGAAUUUUCGCACAAAUAAAUUUUAAUAUCGAGGAGUAGAAAUAUAUUGUAGGUUGCUUAUUUUCCUUGUGACAUUUCAACAUUUGAGUGAGUAUGUGUAGGUUAGGAGGACAUAUUACAAAGUUGCUGACAUUCGCACUGAGCUUGAUCGUCUCGACAUGUCACCCCUAGAUUUGCCUCCUUUUUCCUUUGUUAGAAUGUUAGUUCACAUUUUGAAGUUUUUAAACUGGUUUCAGAACAAGAGGUCAAAAGUGUUAUUCUGAAGUCUAAACCUACGUCAUGUUCUUUGGACCUCAUCCCUACCCCCCUGUUGGUUGAGUCAUUAGAUCAUUUGCUUCCAAUGAUAACCCAUAGAGUCAAUGAAAGCUUGUCCUCUGCCAAUGUACCCUCUAUUUGUAAGUCAGCUGUCAUAAAAACCAUUGCUUACGUAGCCUGGUCUGGAUGAAAAUAAUUAAAAAAAACUAUAGACCUGUAUCUAACUUAUCAUUCUUAUCUUAAGUCAUUGAAAAACUAGUUCUAAAACAACUUUUUGCUUACUUAAACGACCACUCUCUUCUCAGUCCUAAUCAGUUGGCCUAUAGAACUUUCCAUAGCUCUGAGACAGCUCUCUUGAGAGUCACCAGUGACCUCUUGCUGGCAUUGGACAGCAGUGAUAUCUCCAUCCUGAUCCUCUUAGACCUCAGUGCGGCCUUUGACACUUUUGACCAUGAAACCCGUUACAAAACCCUUUAAAAUUACUUUGGAAUUUCAGGAUCAGUUUUGGCUUGGUUUAGGUCCUACCUCUCCGAUAGUAGUGCUGACUUGGUGUAUGGAGUGCCACAGGCGUCCGUUUUUGGCUAUUCACAAUGUAUACCAGGCCAUUGCUCCUCUUUCUCGGGAGGCAUGCUGCGGAGAGCCAGUCAUUUGCAGAUGACACGCAGCUAUACAAGCAUACCCAUCCCUCUCUUGUCGAUUCUGCUAUCCGGACUUAGCGGGAGAGCAUUGAUGAUGUCAAUACAUGCAUGACACUCAGCAAGUUGAAGCUUAACGAUGACAAAAUGGAAGCACUCCUUAUGCACGAUCACAAAUCAUCCUCUAACUCCCCACUUCAUUUCAUGUAGGUAACUCCGAUAUACAGUUUACAUUCUCCGCUAGGAAUCUUGGUUACAUUCUGUCUAACAACAUGAAUCUUGAUAAUCAUAACUCUCACAUUUAUCGCUCUGGAUACGCCACUAUUCAUCAGAUCAGCUCCAUACGCCCAUACCUCACAGUUAGUGCAACAAAAACCCAUAGUCUGUGCUCUAGUUCUCUCUGGUCUUGACUAUUGCAACUCUCUUUUAUCAGGUUCACCAAACCACUUCUUAGAAAAAUUACAAAAAGGUUAAAAACUCAGCCGCUAGGCUAAUUCUAAAUGCAAAAAAAAUUUGCUCACGUCACACCACUACUUCAUUCACUUCAUUGGCUCCCUGUACAAGCACGGAUUGACUACAAACUCUCUGUUCUCUGCCACAACUUUUUCUUGAAAUCCUGCCAUUCCUAUCUUACUGAACUUCUUUCUGUCUAUUCACCCCUUCGACGCUUCGCUCCUCCGCAGACGAGCAUAUUCUUUCUGUUCCCAAGACUCAUGGUGAAUGAUCGUUCUCUUUCUGUGCCCCCAAACAAUGGAAAUCUCUUCCAUUACACAUUUGCAAUAUACCGACCAUCAUAGCCUUCAAAACUGCACUAAACACACAUCUUUUUAAACUCUACUAUCCUGAAUGAUUCCCACCUCUGACCAAAAAACGAUGCUGCUGGGUGUCGUCCAUGGCUUGACAUGUAAGUAGUUUUAAAUAUACAUUUGUUUUGUUUUAUUUAAUUAAUGUAUGUCAAUUAAUUUUUACAUUUUUUGAUUAUGUUAGUUAAGUUGUAUGUACAGCAUGGUGAGCCCAGCCCUAGGCUGGUUUACCAUGCUAUAUAAAACUAUGUAUAGUAAUUAUUACAAUCAUAAUAAAUAUGCCAUCCUUUCUGCUAUGCCUGGGCCUAUUUGCAGUUGGAGCUGUUUAUUUUGAUUAUUUUUUUAUUAGUUUGAGUCUUAUUAUAGAAUCAAAUAAAAGACCAUUUCGGCUUUUUCCGAUUUAGCGGCCCACGACGACUUUGUUUUGGAUUCACUCCCCUUUUUUUUUUUGCUGUUGUUUUAUGCAGUAGGUUCUACUUACAGUUUGGAGCCAUCCCUAUAGUACAUAAGCACUUUUGGGAGUGGGGGUACAUACAUUUUUAUUCAAAAAUUCUCAAUAACUAUCCUGACAUAAAUGCUAUUUAUGGACUAUCUCUAAUGCUAAAUCAAUACUAUAUCUAAUGCUUGACCAAUCACGUAAAAUCACGUAAUGUUGUGUAAGAAUCAUCGUCACAAUGUUUGUACUGUGUUUUCAAAAGUGAACUCGCAACAUUUUAUUCUAGCUGUAGACCUACUUGGUACUGGUAGUAAUAUUUAGUCCUGAUUAUUUACUAUGUGCCUGUGGUAUAUUUUGUUCAGCUACCCUAGUGGUUUCUAGAAUAUUUCAAUAUCCCGGCACCCUUGUUAAAUUCAGGUUUGCACCUGGCGACCUGUGUUGAAUUCUUACAAGUGCACUUCAAAAUAGCCAAUACAUUUACAAAAUAAUAAUAAGAGUUGGGUAAAAAUAAAUAGAACACAUAUGUACAUCAUUAAGCGUCAUCUAGUUACUGCAAAGUUAUUGAUACUCCAGUUAGUUACUGUUGUCACAUGUAAUUUUUCGCAGUGCCCCUGUUAGGAAUAAGCAGUAACCCAGGGCACGGCAGUGCAGAAGAAAAGUGACAUACCUACCAGGGGAAUCCUAAAUUAUGAGGUCCCUCAAUAAAUAGAACAAAUUGUCCCCCUAGAAUAACAAGGUUCUAUGUGCCUAUUUAAUCCAAUCAACUUAGAACCUUGUUAUUCUAAGGGGACGAAAUGUCACCCGAGGCGGUCCAAUAAAAUACCAUUUUUUUGCGUUCCUUGUUUUUGUGAAGCACAUGGGAUUAUAUAGCUUUUAAUCACUAUUUGGAUUAAAUCUUUUAAUCCUAUCUUAAAGCCAUUUGGCAUCCCCUGAUGUUGGCGACCAGGACAAGUACCCCCUUUGCCCCUUUCUUAUGGUCAUGUCCAAGGACAAUUAAAUGCCCAGUGUAUGCACUCAGAGGGGAGUGGGGGUGUCCAAAAAAGUAUGCUUGUAACAAGGAGAAACUUUUGACCAAAUUUUUUUUUGCAUAUGUACUAUAAUCACGCUAAUAUUUAAGUCUAGCAGUGAAUUCAGUUCUGUUAUGCUGUGUUUUUGCAUGCAUUAUUCAUAGUUAAAUUAAAUGAUUAAAUUUUGCGUGAACAUAUUUUGCCAUCCCUUAUAAAAAUAGAAAAAGUACUGAGGAGAAAAAGUUUUGAGAAGAGCAUUGAAAGUGGUGUCCAGUUGUAAUGAAUAUUUUCAUUAAUUUAUGUUAAUGUUUAAACAUAUUUCAAAUUUAGUAAAAUGGAUGUUAGGUAGGAAAUGAACUGUAAUUUUGUUUUUUGUAUCCUAUUUGACAAAUAAUAUUUGUAUGUGUGAUUUUUUGGAUAUUAGAAUCAUCUUUUAAAAGACUAAAUUUUCAGUGAACAAACAUCAUAACAAAACAAAUGGCACUGCUGUGUUAUAUUCAUAAUCAAUCUCAGUAUAUGACAAGAAAUUAUUUAUUUAUCAAUAUUUGUAAGAUUAAUAGAUUAAGAUUAAUUACUAAGAUUAAGGUGAAAGACAGAAUUGUAAUAUUGGGCCUUUUUUUUUUUACAGACACACAAGAAUGAAUGCAUAAUAUAUAGAUAAUUUUUUCUCAACAGCAAUCAAAAUUUCCAAGGAAGUCUAAUCAUCGACAGAAGUCUAAAAGUCUGUAGAAGUAAGAAGUCUGUCUAAAGAGUAAUACAGUUCACACGCUUGUAGGUGUUUGAUACAGACUAUAAGAUCUUGCAGUUAUUUCUUUCAGUUUUUCUGCACUAACUGCAACACAACCCCUCUUUGACAAAAGGUAAGAUUUCUAUCUGUACAGUGUACACUGAAUGUUAAUGCAUAUUUGACCACUAACAAAUUUAAUGGCGAUGCAUAUCGGUAUGUUAAAAGAUUUGUUACAUAAAUUUUUUUUUUGUUAUGCAUCUUUUGUUGUAUUUUAUGUUUGUGUAAUUGUAUUAUAAAAAUGAUGUAUUGUUUGUAUAUUUUGUUUUUUUAAUGUCAAAUAAUGUUAUAAUUUAUGUUUGACAUCCCAUUGUUUUAUGAUGAGGUAUUGUUUGUAUUGUUUUUACCUUUGUUAUAUUAACUAAUAACUACAUGUUGUAAACUAUCCCGUUACAAUUGGCUAGUCUUAAAUCUGCUUUAUCGUCACCUACUCCUAUCACUAGGGGCCAUCUCACCCAUCAAAAAACCCCAUACCUAACACUAGGGCCCAUCUCACCCAUCAAAAAGCACACUCUUAUAACUAGAGCCCAUCUCACCCAUCAAAAAGCACACUCUUAUCACUAGGGCCCAUCUCACCCAUCAAAAAGCACACUCUUAUCACUAGGGCCCAUCUCACCCAUCAAACAUCCCACUCCUAUCACUAGGGCCCAUCUCACCCAUCAAAAAAACCCAUACCUAACACUAGGGCCCAUCUCACCCAUCAAACACCCCACUCCUAUGACUAGGGCCCAUCUCACCCAUCAAAAAAACCCAUUCCUAAAACGAGGGCCCAUACCACACUUUAAACACCCUACUCCUAUCACUAGGGCCCAUCUCACCCAUCAAACACCCCACUUCUAUCACUAGGGCCCAUCUCACCCAUCAAACACCCCACUCCGAUCACUAGGGCCCAUCUCACCCAUCAAAAAGCACACUCCUAUCACUAGGGCCAAUCUCACCCAUCAAAAAGCACACUCUUAUCACUAGGGCCCAUCUCACCCAUCAAACAGCACCCUCCUAUCACUAGGGCCAAUCUCACCCAUCAAACACCACACUCCUAUCACUAGGGCCCAUCUCACCCAUCAAACACCCCACUCCGAUCACUAGGGCCCAUCUCACCCAUCAAACACUCCAGUCCUAUCACUAGGGCCCAUCUCACCCAUCAAACACUCCAGUCCUAUCACUAGGGCCCAUCUCACCCAUUAAAUACCCCCACUCCUAUCCCUGGGGCCCAUAACACCAAUCAAACACCCCACUCCUAUCACUAGGGCCCAUCUCAGCAUCAAACACCCCACUCCUAUCACUAGGGCCCAUCUCACCCAUCAAACUCUCCACCCCAAAUCCUAGGGCCUACCUUAUACACCCCCACCAUCCAAUCCUCUCCUAUCUCUAGGACGCCCCUUAUCAACUCGCCCACCAUCCAGUCCUACCCCAGAGCCCAUCUUACCACCAUCCACCCUAUUGCUAACUCUUGGCCCACCUUAUCCACUCUCCAGCACUCCAUCCCAGUCCUUACCCCUAGUGCCUACCUUAUCCACUCGCCCACCAUCAAUCUCACUCCUAACCCCAAGUGCCCACUUAAUCCACUUAUCCACCAUCCACCUCCUUCCUAACCCUAAGACCCACUUUAUCAAUUCACCCACCAUAAAUCUCACUCAUAACCCCAAGUGCCCACUUUAUCAAUUCACCCACCAUAAAUCUCACUCAUAACCCCAAGUGCCCACUUUAUCAUUUCACCCACCAUAAAUCUCACUCAUAACCCCAAGUGCCCACUUUAUCAAUUCACCCACCAUAAAUCUCACUCAUAACCCCAAGUGCCCACUUUAUCAAUUCACCCACCAUAAAUCUCACUCAUAACCCCAAGUGCCCACUUUAUCAAUUCACCCACCAUAAAUCUCACUCAUAACCCCAAGUGCCCACUUUAUCAAUUCACCCACCAUAAAUCUCACUCAUAACCCCAAGUGCCCACUUUAUCAAUUCACCCACCAUAAAUCUCACUCAUAACCCCAAGUGCCCACUUUAUCAAUUCACCCACCAUAAAUCUCACUCAUAACCCCAAGUGCCCACUUUAUCAAUUCACCCACCAUAAAUCUCACUCAUAACCCCAAGUGCCCACUUUAUCAAUUCACCCACCAUAAAUCUCACUCAUAACCCCAAGUGCCCACUUUAUCAAUUCACCCACCAUAAAUCUCACUCAUAACCCCAAGUGCCCACUUUAUCAAUUCACCCACCAUAAAUCUCACUCAUAACCCCAAGUGCCCACUUUAUCAAUUCACCCACCAUAAAUCUCACUCAUAACCCCAAGUGCCCACUUUAUCAAUUCACCCACCAUAAAUCUCACUCAUAACCCCAAGUGCCCACUUUAUCAAUUCACCCACCAUAAAUCUCACUCAUAACCCCAAGUGCCCACUUUAUCAAUUCACCCACCAUAAAUCUCACUCAUAACCCCAAGUGCCCACUUUAUCAAUUCACCCACCAUAAAUCUCACUCAUAACCCCAAGUGCCCACUUUAUCAAUUCACCCACCAUAAAUCUCACUCAUAACCCCAAGUGCCCACUUUAUCAAUUCACCCACCAUAAAUCUCACUCAUAACCCCAAGUGCCCACUUUAUCAAUUCACCCACCAUAAAUCUCACUCCUAACUCCAAGUGCCCACUUAAUCCACUUAUCCACCAUCCACCUCCUUCCUAACCCCAAGUGCCCACUUUAUCAAUUCACCCACCAUAAAUCUCACUCAUAACCCCAAGUGCCCACCUUUUCCACUCAUCCACCAUCAAUCUCACUCAUAACCCUUAGUGCCCAACUUAUCCACCAUCCACAUUCCUCUUAACCCCAAAAGCCCACCUUAUCCACCAUCCACACACACACACACUAUCAAUGUCACUCCUAACCCCAAGUCCCCAUCUUAUCAACUCACCUACAUUCCACCUCACUUCUAAACCCAAGUGCCCACCUUAUCCAUUCACCCACCAUUAAUCUCAGCCCUAACCCCGUGUGCCCACAUUAUCCACCAUCCACCUCCCUCCUAACCCCAAAAGCCCACCUUAUCCACUAUCCACCGCCCUCCUUUUUCCAAGUGACCACCUUAUCCACCAUCCACCUCCAUCCCAACCUUAAGUGCCCACCUUAUCAACUCACCGCCAUCCACCCCUCUCCUAUGCCCUAGCCAUAUCUAACUACCAUCUACCCAUUCUUAACUAAUGGUCAAUCUUAUCCACUCAGCCACCAUCCGACAAACUUCUUACCCCAAAGCCCAUUUGAACCACCAUACACCCUAUUCUUGACUCUCUGCCCAUUUGGUCCAAUCGCCAAUCAUCCACUCACACCUAACCCCUAGGCACCAUCACUCAGCAUCCACCCCACUCCUAACACUAGCGCCUUAUGCAUUCCCCCACUACCCCACUCCUACCCCGAUUGGCCCUUCUACCCAUCAUCCAUCCUAUUCCAUCCACCAUUCACCCCACUCCUACCCCCAUUUACCCUUCUACCCAUCAUCCAUCCUAUUCCAUCCACCAUUCACCACACUCCUACCCCCAUUGGCCCAUCUACCCACCAUCCAUCAUAUUACAGCCACCAUUCACCACACUCCUACUCCCAUUGGCCCAUCUACCCAUCAUCCAUCCUAUUCCAUCCACCAUUCACCACACUCCUACCCCCAUUGGCCCUUCUAACCAUCAUCCAUCCUAUUUCAUCCACCAUUCACCACACUCCUACCCCCAUUGGCCCAUCUACACAUCAUCCAUCCUAUUUCUAUUCCAAUCACCAUUCACCACACUCCCACCCCCCCACUACCCACCAUCCAUCCUAUUGCAGCCACCAUUCACCACACUCCUACUCCCAUUGGCCCAUCUACCCAUCAUCCAUCCUAUUCCAUCCACCAUUCACCACACUCCUACCCCCAUUGGCCCUUCUACCCAUCAUCCAUCCUAUUUCAUCCACCAUUCACCACACUCCUACCCCCAUUGGCCCAUCUACACAUCAUCCAUCCUAUUUCUAUUCCAAUCACCAUUCACCACACUCCUACCCCCCCAUUGGCCCUUCUACCCAUCAUCCAUCCUAUUCCAUCCACCAUUCACCACACUCCUACCGCCAUUGGCCCAUCUACCCACCAUCCAUCCUAUUCCAUCCAACAUUCACCACACUCCUACCCCCAUUGGCCCAUCUACCCAUCAUCCAUCCUAUUCCAUCCACCAUUCACCCCACUCCUACCCCCAUUGGCCCAUCUACCCACCAUCCAUCCUAUUCCAUCCAACAUUCACCACACUCCUACCCCCAUGGGCCCAUCUACCCAUCAUCCAUCCUAUUCCAUCCACCAUUCACCACACGCCUACCCCCAUUGGCCCAUCUACCCAUCAUGCAUCAUAUUCCAUCCUCCAUUCAUUACACUCCUACCGCUAGCCCUUUUAUCCACUCGGCUACCAUUACUGUUUUUAGGCUUAUUGCGUCACAUUGUUUUUCCUAAGCCUAAGCAAUGAUGGAUCUACAUCUAUAGUGGGGCUCUGUUUUAGCAGACUGGUCCUUUCAUCCCAGGAUGAGUUGAUUUGCUAACUUAAUUCUGUUGGACGAAUCGAUUGGACACAUUUUAAAAUGUUUACAUCAUUUAUUCCGUUGAUAAGAAUUUUAAAGGUAUACCUUGUAAAUAACGAGAUCUAGUAUAUUUGAACGAAAGACAUUGUGUAAGCUGACAGCAAGUAUAUUUCAAAGGUUUACAUUGGAUUGAUGGACACUAAGUAUGUUUUAAAGUUAACAUUGUAUAAAUCCACACUGAUUAUAUUUUAAAGGUUUACAUGGAUAUACUGACACUUUAAUCAAUUAAUAUUACUUUUAGACAUUUAAAGCAAACUCAAGAUAAGCUACUUGGUAUUCUGAAUGCUGCUUAUAUCACCAGCCUCGCCCUCUGGAGGGAACAACGAUUGUCUUUCAGGGUUUGCAUUAGCUAACCAGGAUAGCUUCUGUUUUGUUAUACCACGUUCCAUUACUCUGUCUUUGUCAUAGCCCCAGGGGAGCUCACCCUGUUUGGUGCUAAUGGAUUUCUUGACAACAAACCCGUAGAAAUAACAAUGGAAGUGGUGGGAGGGGGUUGAAUAGAACAGAAAAACAACAAUAAAUAACUAGACUAGAAUUUGAGUGGCGUACAAAUAGGAGAGGAUUGUCCAGUGGUACAUUAAAAAAUAAACUGGGUGAAUACGACGACGGGCCAUUGGGGCAACUAAGUGAACUAUACUUUACAAUAGCAGGGGAAUGGUGGGUGUAUUGGGGCAACUAAGUGAAAUAUACUUUACAAUAGCAGGGGAAUGGUGGGUGCAUUGGGGCAACUAAGUGAACUAUACUUUACAAUAGCAGGGGAAUAGUGGAUGCACUGGGGCACUAAAGUGAACUAUAUACUUUACAAUAGCAGGGGAUUAGUGGAUGCAUUGGGGCACUAAAGUGAACUAUAUACUUUACAAUAGCAGGGGGAUAGUGGAAGACUAUUUUAUAAAUGAGACCUUCUUAUAAUUGAAAUAGCAUGACUAUGUUAUAAAUGAGAUUGCGUGAUUAUGUGAUUAAUGAGAUAGCAUGCCUGUUAUUUCAUCAAAUAUUAAUGGAUUUAGUCGUCCUGUUCAAUGAUGUCUCAAAAGAAAUAUUGAUGCAAUAUGUGCACUGGAAGUUAACAUUGUAAGUCUGCAACUAAACGAUUUCAUGUAAAUGUUAACACAGAUAUAUCAUGUGUAAAAAGUUAACAUAGGUCUGCAAUUACACGAUUUCAUGGCAAUGUUAACACAGACACAUAAUUAUUUGUACUAAGUUAACACUAAGUCUGCAAGCACGUGUUCUUUAUUCAAUGCCAGCACAGGCACAUUAUGAAUAUAAAGUUAACAUACGUCUUCAAAAAUGGGUCUCUGUGGCAAGGUUAACAUCCAUAGCUAUAACAAUAUUAUCAACUAUAUUUAUAUCAUGUGUACAAUGUUAUCAACAAUAGCUGUUUCGUUUAUAGCUAUAUCAUGUGUAGAAUGUUAAUGUCAUUGCUGUUUCAUGUGUUCACUGUUAACACUCAUAGCUAUAGGAUAUCAUGUGAAAAUGUUAAUGUUAACAGUCGUAGCUAUAGCCUAUCAUGUGACUAUGCUAACAGUCAUAGAUAUAGCCUAUCAUGUGACAAUGUUAACAGUCGUAGUUAUAGCCUAUCAUGUGACAAUGUUAACAGUCGUAGCUAUAGCCUAUCAUGUGACAAUUUUAACAGUCAUAGCUAUAGCCUAUCAUGUGACAAUGUUAACAGUCGUAGCUAUAGCCUAUCAUGUUACAAUGUUAACAAUCGUAGGUAUAGCCUAUCAUGUGACAAUGUUAACAGUCAUAGCUAUAGCCUAUCAUGUGACAAUGUUAACAGUCGUAGCUAUAGCCUAUCAUGUUAACAGUCGUAGCUAUACCCUAUCAUGUGCUUAUUGUUAACAGUCGUAGCUAUAGCCUAUCAUGUGCUUAUUGUUAACAGUCGUAGCUAUAGCCCAUCAUGUGACAAUGUUAACAGUGUAGCUAAAAAUGUAUUAUUAGAUGUCGCUUCCGGCUAGCAACAAAAUGGCGUAAUAAAAAUGAAAAAGUAAGCCAAGAACUCUGACAAUUAGACACACAACAUGACUUAGGCAAAAUUCAAAUGUCUGGAAAUUACACUUUAGACCUACUAGCCAAAAUCGGAAUGUAUGUCUUCGGAUAAGUAUUAUUCCUUUUAGAAGACAACAAAAGAGAAAUCCAAGAAAGAUGACGGGAGUUGUCUCAAAAUGGCGGCCAUGUGUGCGACAAGGAACUUAUCUCUAGCGUUCUAAAUUGGACUAUAAAUACACUCCCAGUGUAAUCAAACCUAAGUACUUGUUUCAUUCAAGAUUGGAUUUCCAAAUUCAUCAAGAGCUGUAUGUGUUGGGACAUGCAGCUUAUUUUUAUCAGAAUCUUUACAACCAUUUAUAUUGGACUACACACAACAAAUUGCUGAGUGAACACUGUGUUAACAGUAGGCACACUGAAGCCAGUCAAUCGACAAACAUUCCUUACGUAAAGAUAAACACGCCAGACUGGUUGGAAUAGUCUUAUUAAAUUGCCAAAUUAAUAAAUUAUUAAACCUAGUAGUAACUUGUUGGUGCACUGAAAGCGUUGGUUAGCAACGGCUUCGAUGAGAGAUUAUCUCCUGGGCACCAUAGUUGAGGAUUUUGUAACUAACUUAAAAUGAGUAUCAACUUUCAUGCCAAUCAGCUGUUAGCAUGCAACAGCGGCCAUAUCCUGGGCAACGGGUUCCAUUAGCCGGGUCAAUCAGCUGUGGGUAGCUGAAGGGCCUCAAACCCUCGGUGAUUUUAGGUCUGCCUACCUACUGCAUGCAAAGCCUGGACGUCGACGGAUACUGCGGAGGAAACCAUUUAGGUUCAACGGAGGUGAAGGCGAUUACAGCAACGCACCGUGGAGUGCGUAGAGCAAGAUGAGGCACGUAGAACAUCUUGGUCAUCCACUGCAUCCGUACCCAUUUCCGGUCGUCUUGACAUAGUCUUGCUACUGGACACGGUGGGUCCGGACGAGAGAGUGAGGUUGACGCUGCGCAACUCUUCCUCACUUUAAACAAAGUCACCCGUCCAAGUCAUGAGUCAUCCAACUAUACCCAUCAUCCCAAGUCUCGUGGCGACAGGCAGGCUCUCCUAAAUGCAUGACGAAGGGGCUAGAAUAGGUGCCCAAAAGAAUGACUGCUCCUUCACACCCUAGCCGACUGAACUUAUUUCUACUCACGAUAGGCAAGCGCUCCCAAUGAAGUCAAAAAAAAAAGCGUUACAAAGACUCACUGAAAUUGGCACUAAAGGCCUACUCAAUGGGUGCAGACAGUCCAGGGCAGAGCCAGGUGGAGAGCUGCUGUCAAGAAGGGGGAUACAUCCCAUGGAGCUAAUAGGAUAUCCACAGCUGAGACACGCAGGCUUGUCCGAAAGAGCAACAUUAGGUCACCGUCUGAAGCAACUAUUCCAUGCCCACGGUGUCAUAGAUUAUUCCGAGCAAGGAUCGGUCUUGCAAGCCACCUACGGGCUCACCGUAAUCCCAACCUCCCACUAACCGGAUGACUCGAUGGUCCUAGUUGGACGGACCAACAACAAUAACAAUAAUUAGAUGUUCCAAGCUUUGUGUCACGAUGUCGAAAGUUGCGUACAGCAAUCCAUGGUUGUGUCAUUCAAUCAUUGACGGUUUCUUAAUUACAUCCAUGUUGGUAGGAAUGAUUAUGUCAUUCAAUCAUUGACGGUUUCUUAACUACAUCCAUGUUGGUAGGAAUGAUUAUGUCAUUCAAUCAUUGACGGUUUCUUAACUACAUCCGUAUUGGUAGGAAUGAUUAUGUUAUUCAAUCAUUGACGGUUUCUUAACUACAUCCAUGAUGGUAGGAAUGAUUAUGUCAUUCAAUCAUUGACUGUUUCUUAACUACAUCCAUGUUGGUAGGAAUGAUUAUGUCAUUCAAUCAUUGAUGGUUUCAUAACUACAUCCAUUUUGGUAGGAAUGAUUAUGUCAUUCAAUCAUUGACGGUUUCAUAACUACAUCCAUGUUGGUAGGAAUGAUUAUGUCAUUCAAUCAUUGACGGUUUCAUAACUACAUCCAUGUUGGUAGGAAUGAUUAUGUCAUUCAAUCAUUGAUGGUUUCAUAAUUACAUCCAUUUUGGUAGGAAUGAUUAUGUCAUUCAAUCAUUGACGGUUUCAUAACUACAUCCAUGUUGGUAGGAAUGAUUAUGUCAUUCAAUCAUUGAUGGUUUCAUAACUACAUCCAUUUUGGUAGGAAUGAUUAUGUCAUUCAAUCAUUGAUGGUUUCAUAACUACAUCCAUUUUGGUAGGAAUGAUUAUGUCAUUCAAUCAUUGACGGUUUCAUAACUACAUCCAUGUUGGUAGGAAUGAUUAUGUCAUUCAAUCAUUGAUGGUUUCAUAAUUACAUCCAUGUUGGUAGGAAUGAUUAUGUCAUUCAAUCAUUGAUGGUUUCAUAAUUACAUCCAUGUUGGUAGGAAUGAUUAUGGCUCAAUCUAUCCUUGACAGACUAGGCAGACAUUCAUUCAAAUAUUUAUUACCCUGGAGACUUUAAGUUUCUUUCACUUCCUUAGUAGGGUUUGAUCUUGAUGCCAAAACCGGAAGCAAUUUAAACAAGAUACCCUUAGUGCUGUUUGGAACUGACAUUUGACAAAUUUUUUUGUGGCAUCCCUGGUUAUAUCGUUUUAUUCUGGCACAAGGCAAUGUUUCCUACUUUGCAUAUAUCAGGAGUUUUAAAGAAGCAGAGAGCAGGGGUUUUCAUCAUGGAAUAUAUCAGUAGUAUUUAAAGUGGCAGUAAGCAGUGGUUCUCAAUGUGGCAUCUAGUAGUAGUUUUCACCACUGCACAAGAGCAGUGGUUCUUAACUGGCCGUUUAGCAAUGUUGUGGCAUAAAACAAUGGUUCUCAGAUUGAUAUAGAGCUGUGAUUCUUAACUUGCCGUUUACCAAUAUUGCAGCAUAGAACAAUGGUUCUCAGAUUGAUAUAGGGCUGUGGUUCUUAACUGGCCGUUUAGCAAUAUUGCAGCAUAGAAAAAUGGUUCUCAGAUUGAUAUAGAGCAGUGGCUCUUAAACUUGGCAUAGACUAGAGUUUCUAUGUAUAAAUAGUUGUUCUUAAACAUGACAUGUUGCAGUGGUUCUUAAGCUAGGCAUAACAGAUUGGUUCUCUAACUAGGCAUAGAGCAUUGGUUCUCUUAGACAUAGAGCUGUUGUUCUAUAACAAGGCAUAGAGCAGUGGUUCUCAUCUUGGCAAAAUACAACAGUUUUCACAUAGGCAUAAGCAGUGGUUCUCAAAUGUUGCCGGACCACUCUCCUCCCCUGUUCCUUAAAUUCACCCCCAGUUCCCCCACAUUCAUUAAAGCCACCGAUAGCUGUGUAAUCCUUCUGUCAACCUCAUAGAGCUUAAUGGAUACGUUUAUUGAUUAAUGUUCUGGAGGCUCUGUGAACAAGACUUAGAAGGUUCUUAUACAAACAUGAUCUUAGAAUGACAUGAUGUUAUAUCAAGACGACUUCAAAAUUUUUACAUUAUAUCAUCAUCCAUGUCGGGUAGUAACCUUUGUAAACAUGAUAAUCUCGGAACUACCAUGUAUACAUGACAUUCUCAAAAUAACCUUUGCAAACAUAAUCAUAACACUUUAUAAUGAGCAUAAUGUGUCCUAGUAUAUGACAUGUGAACCUGUGUCUAGUAUAUGACAUGUGAGCAUGAUGUAUCUAGUAUAUGACAUGUAAGUAUGAUUUGUUUAGUAUAUGAUAUGUGAGCAUAAUAUGUCUAUAGUCUAUUGUAUUAUAUCUCACUAUGUGUCAAGUAUCUUAGAAGUGAGCAUGAUGUGUACAGAUGUUUACAUAUAUUAUAUUCAAACAUUACAAGCCAAUAGAGAAUGACAAGUGUGACAUGCAAUGUCUAGAGUAAGGCACAUUAUUAUUAUCAUAAGUGGUUUUAUAUAGCGUGGUACCCCAGCCUAGGGCUGGGCUCACCGUGUUGUACAUACAAUUUACAAACAUAAUCAAGAACUUAAACAAUUAAUUAACGUACAUUAAUUAAAUAAAACAAAUCAAAUGUGUAUUUAAAACUAUUUACAUGUCAAGCCAUGGACGACACCCAGCAGCAUCGUUUUUCGGUCACAGGUGGGAAUCAGUCAGGACAGUAGAGUUUAAAAAGAGGUGUUUUGAGUGCAGUUUUGAAGGCUGUGAUGGUCGGUAUAUUGUGAAUGUGUAGUGGAAGAGAAUUCCAUUGUUAGGGGUCACAGAAAGAGAAAGAUCAUUCACCGUACGUUUUUGUGCGAGUCUUGGGGACAGAAAGAAUACACUCAUCUGUGGAGGAGCGAAGCUGUCCAGGGGUGAAUAGACAGAGAGAAGUUCGGUAAAAUAGGAAGGGUAGGAUUUCGAGAAAAAGUUGUGGCAGAGAACAGAGAGUUUGUAGUCAAUCCGUGCUUGUACAGGGAGCCAAGGAAGUCAAUGAAGUAGUGGUGUGACAUCAUCACGUUUUUGUUUGCUUUAGAAUUAGCCUAGCAGCUGAGUUUUGAACGUUUUAUUAUUUUUCUAAGAAGUGUUUUGGUGAACCUGAUAGAAGAGAGUUGCAAUAGUCAAGACGAGAGAGAAAUAGAGCAUAGACUAUAGUUUUUUUGCACUAACUGUGAGGUGUGGCGGAUGAAACUGAUUUGAUGGAUAUCGAUGUAUGCAGAGCGACAAAUGUGAGAGAUGUGAUUAUUGAGAGACAUGUUGUUAGACCGAGGAUAACCAAGAUUCCUAGCAGAGGAUGUAAACAGUAUUUCGGUUUUACCUACUUGAAAUGAGGUGGGAAGAGCUGAGUUAGAGGAUGAUUUGUGAUUGUGAAUGAGGAGUGCUUUUGAGAAGACCGUUUUUUCAUCGUUAAGCUUCAACUUGGUUAAUAUCAAGUGCGCUAUCCGUAAGUCUCAAGGCAAACACGUGGUGUCGAGAGUUUGCCACUAUCGGAUGAGCGGAGCUCUCUAGUGGGUACAUAAGGCGUUAGCAGCUCUUUCAGAUAGGACGGCGCCAGGUCAUGUAAGCAGCGGUAGCACAAAGUUGCGAUUUUGUACUCCAUGCGAGCACGCACUGGCAGCCAGUGCAGCUGUCUCAGAAGUGUUUUUGCAUGGUCAAACUUGCGUUUGCGGAGAACAAUGCGAGCCGCAUUAUUCUGCGCUAUUUGAAUUUUAUCCAGGAGCGUAGCUGGAAGACCCACCAUAAGAGCAUUGCAAUAGUCCAUGCGUGAUAGCACAAAUGCAGACAUCAGCCUCUUUGUUGCAUCAAUUGUUAGGAAGGGCCUGAUGUGACUAAUCCUGCGCAGCUCUAGAAAAAUCGCCUUGCAUAGCAUGUUAAUAUGACUUUCAAAAGUUAGUCUUCCAUCUAGGUAGACACCCAGGUACCGCACUGUUUGAGCUAACUCAAUACGCACACCUGAGAGAGUAAUGGAUGUCGUGUUAUUUGCAGAUUUUUGCUUCUGAGCGGUCGCGAUGGGGAGCAGCUCAGUCUUAUCAUCAUUUAAUUUGAGCUUGUUUAUCGUCAUCCAGUGCUUAACCGACUCCAUUGUCUUCUGUGUCAUACUGAGCAGCUGAGGGAACUGAGAAGGGAUCACGGAUUGAUGAAGUUGUGUAUCGUCCGCGUACAUGUGAUACAACAUGUCAAACUGCCUGAUCUCUGCGCCCAGUGGCUGAAUGUACAUCGUGAAAAGCACUGGGCCUAGGACCGAGCCCUGGGGUACUCCGAAUUCGAUAUUAGAUUUCUUCGAAGUCAAGCCGUUUGAAAUAACUGACUGCACCCGAUUAGUCAGAUACGAUCGGAACCAACACAGGACGGUAUCAGUGAGACCGAACGUUUGUUGCAGACGCUGGAGCAAUAUGCCGUGGUCGAGCGUAUCGAAAGCUGCCGAUAAAUCGAGUAAAGACAAAAUCGAUACCUUGCCCUCAUCACAAGACGACAGAAGGUCGUUUACGACGCGCAACAGGGCUGUCUCAGUAGAGUGAUGCACCCUGUAUGCUGACUGGAAUGGUUCAAACAAGUUAAACUGAGUGAGGUGAUCCUGGAGUUGGCGGAGAACGACUUUUUCUAAGAUUUUAGAAAUAAAUGGUAGAUUUGAGAUGGGGCGAUAAUUUUCCAACACAUUUGGAUCAAGAUUUGAUUUCUUUAAUAGUGGAGUGACGAUCGCUUCUUUAAAAGAUGAUGGAACAAUACCAGUAGCUAAGGACUGAUUUGUGAUAUAAGUGAUGAUGGGGACUAUUUCAUCCAGACAUUCAUACAAGAGCCCUGCUGGAAGAGGGUCAAGCGAACAUGACUUUCUUGGGGUAUCAGCGAGGAUUUUCCUCACAUUCGAUUCACUCACCUCAACAAAUUCAGCCAUAGAAGAACCGUUGAAUAUUGAGAAUUCUGGAGCAAUAUCGAUGCAACUGUCAAGUUUCGCUCUGAUCCUCUUAACUUUUGUAAUAAAGUAGUCAUUUAUAGCGUCUGGCAGCUCUACUACAGCAAUGUUAUUUGGCAGAGAUGUAGCCUUGUUUUUACCGGUCAGCUGACCUACAAUGCGAAAUAAGUCCUUGCUUGAGCCGCUGCCUGUAAUCUGAUGACUAACAUACUCAGUCCUAGCUGCAAGGACCAACCUCUUGGUUCCUUCCCUGUGGUCAACAAAGAUUUGUCGGUGCACAGUCAAGCCCGACUUCCGCCAUUGGCGUUCUGCACGUCGCUGCUUCUGCUUCGCUUCCUUAAUUUCGGGCGUGAGCCAAGGGGCGGAAGGGCGGUCCGUAACUCGCCGUGUGGACAGUGGUGCAUGUUUGUCUAAAAUGACUCUGAGAGCACUGUUGUAGUCUGUAGCAGGGUCAUCUACACCGCACUUAAGGGACCCAUGAUGAUAGCCCCAGGCUGAACAUAAGGUCCACCUUAGUGUCUUGUCCAGUUUCUUGCUGUUGGUAACCUGUUGUUAUAGUGUGGAAUUAACACCACUUUAUUUGGUUCAUAUUGUAUACUUGUGAUCUAAUAUAUAUGUCAUUUGAUCUGUGCCAAUGUAAUUUAUUUCAAGUCAUCACUGUGAUGUAAUUAUAUUGUACAAAUGUCACUUCUUUCUAUUAUUAGUGUGAUGUCAUUAUACUAUUUAUACUGUACCAAUGUCUCUUUAUUUUCUUCCUGUAAUCAGAUCGAUGUCAUUGUAUUGUUCCAAUGUCAUUUGAUCUGCUUCCUGCUAUCAGUUUGUUAUCAUUGUAUUGUAUCAAUGUCAUUUGAUCUGCUUUCUCUAAUAAGUUUGAUAUCAUUAUGCUGUACCAAUGUCUUUUUAUUAUAUUACUGUUAUAAGAUUGAUGUCAUUGUAUUGUACCAAUGUCAUUUGAUCUUCUUCCUGAUAUAAGCUUGAUGUCAUUGUAUUGUAUCAAUGUCAUUUGAUCUGCUUCCUGUUAUAAGUUUAAUGUCAUUGUAUUGUAUCUAUGUCAUUUGAUCUGCUUCCUGUUAUCAGUUUGAUGUCAUACUAAAGCCCUACUCUCCAGUAGCUCUGGCUAGCCACAGCCAUUAUGGUAAAUAUGCAUACAAAAUCCUGCAUGUACCACCUAACACCAUAUAGUGGUUAGAUGAAUGUACCUAUCAACAUAUUGUGGAAAGAUGAAUGCACAUAUCAACAUUGUGGUUAGAUCAAUGCAUUUAUCAACAUAUUGUGGAAAAAUGAAUGCACAUAUCAACAUAUAGUGGUUAGAUGAAUGCACAUAUCAAACAUAUAGUGUUCAGAUGAAUGCAACCAUUAAAAUAUGGUGGUUAGAUGAAAGCACAUAUCCACAUACAGUGGUUUGAACAAUGCACUUACCAACAUAUCAUAGUUAGAUACACACAAGAAAAUAUAGUUGUAAGAUGAAUGCACUUAUCAACAUAUAUAGGUUAGCCAAUUGCACUUAUCAACAUAUUGUGGUUUAAUGAAUGCACUAACCAAAGUAUGGUGGUUAAAUAUAUGCACCUACCAAUAAAUAGUGGUUGGAGGAAUGCAUCUACCAACAUUAGUGGUUAAUGGAUGCACAUUAGAACAUUUAGUUGUUUUAUAAAAGCACUAAAGAACAUAUAGUGGUGCAUUGAAUGCACAUAUCAACCUAAUAUAUAUUUUAUAUAUUAGGUUAGUUGAAUGCACAUAAGAACAUAUGGUUCUUUGUUGAAUACACCGAAAACUUAUAGUGGUCCAAUGAAAUGCAUAUAUAGUGGUUUAAUGAAAGCACCUACCAUCAUAAAGUGGUGAGAUGAAUGCACUAAUCAACAUAUAGUGGUUUGGUAAAUCCACUUACCAACAUAUAGUGGUUAAAUAAAUACACCUACCAACAUGUAGUGGUUGGAUGAAUGCACCUAUCAACAUAUAGUGGUUGGAUGAAUGCACCUACCAACAUGUAGUGGUUAGAUACAUGCACCUACCAACAUGUAGUGGUUGGGUGAAUGCACCUACCAACAUGUAGUGGUUGGAUAAAUACACAUACCAAAAUGUAGUGGUUAGAUAAAUGCACAUACCAACAUGUAGUGGUUAGAUAAAUGCACAUAGCAACAAGUAGUGGUUAGAUAAAUGCACAUAUCAACAUGUAGUUGUUAGAUAAAUGCACAUACCAACAUGUAGUGGUUAGAUAAAUGUACCUACCAACAUGUAGUUGUUAGAUAAAUGCACAUACCAACAUGUAGUGGUUAGAUAAAUGCACAUACCAACAUGUAGUGGUUAGAUAAAUGCACCUACCAACAUGUAGUGGUUAGAUAAAUGCACCUACCAACAUGUAGUGUUUAGAUAAAUGCACCUACCAACAUGUAGUGGUUAGAUAAAUGAUCCUACCAACAUGUAGUGGUUGGAUAAAUGCACCUACCAACAUGUAGUGGUUAGAUAAAUGCACCUACCAAUAUGAUGUGUUUAGAUAAAUGCACCUACCAACAUGUAGUGAUUAGAUAAAUGCACAUAUUAACAUGUAGUGGUUAGAUACAUUCUCCAACCAACAUGUAGUGGUUAGAUAAAUGCACAUAUCAACAUGUAGUGGUUAGAUAAAUGCACGUAUCAACAAGUAGUGGUUAGAUAAAUGCACAUAUCAACAUGUAGUGGUUAGAUAAAUGCACAUACCAACAUGUAGUGGUUAGAUAAAUGCACAUAUCAACAUGUAGUGGUUAGAUAAAUGCACAUAUCAACAUGUAGUGGUUAGAUAAAUAAACUAACCAACAUGUAGUGGUUAGAUAAAUGCACAUAUCAACAUGUAGUGGUUAGAUAAAUGCACAUAUCAAAAUGUAGUGGUUAGAUAAAUGCACAUAUCAACAUGUAGUUGUUAGAUAAAUGCACCAACCAACAUGUAGUGUCUAGAUAAAUGCACAUAUCAACAUGUAGUGGUUAGAUAAAUGCACAUAUCAACAUGUAGUGGUUAGAUAAAUGCACAUAUCAACAUGUAGUGGUUAGAUAAAUGCACAUAUCAACAUGUAGUGGUUAGAUAAAUGCACAUAUCAACAUGUAGUGGUUAGAUAAAUGCACAUACCAACAUGUAGUGGUUAGAUAAAUGCACAUAUCAACAUGUAGUGGUUAGAUAAAUGCACAUAUCAACAUGUAGUGGUUAGAUAAAUAAACUAACCAACAUGUAGUGGUUAGAUAAAUGCACAUAUCAACAUGUAGUGGUUAGAUAAAUGCACAUAUCAAAAUGUAGUGGUUAGAUAAAUGCACAUAUCAACAUGUAGUUGUUAGAUAAAUGCACCAACCAACAUGUAGUGUCUAGAUAAAUGCACAUAUCAACAUGUAGUGGUUAGAUAAAUGCACAUAUCAACAUGUAGUGGUUAGAUAAAUGCACAUAUCAACAUGUAGUGGUUAGAUAAAUGCACAUAUCAACAUGUAGUGGUUAGAUAAAUGCACAUACCAACAUGUAGUGGUUAGAUAAAUGCACCUAAAAACAUGUAGUGGUUAGAUAAAUGCACAUAUCAACAUGUAGUGGUUAGAUAUAUGCACCAACCAACAUGUAGUGGUUGGAUAAAUGCACAUAACAACAUGUAGUGGUUAGAUAAAUGCACAUAUCAACAUGUAGUGGUUAGAUUAAUGCACAUACCAACAUGUAGUGGUUAGAUAAAUGCAUAUAUCAACAUGUAGUGGUUAGAUAAAUGCACCAACCAACAUGUAGUUGUUGGAUAAAAGCACAUACCAACAUGUAGUGGUUAGAUAAAUGCACAUAUCAACAUGUAGUGUUUAGAUAAAUGCACAUAUUAACAUGUAGUGGUUAUAUAAAUGCACAUAUCAACAUGUAGUGGUUAGAUAAAUGCACAUAUCAAUAUGUAGUGGUUGGAUGAAUGCACCUACCAACAUGUAGUCAUUAGAGAAAUGCACAUAUUAACAUGUAGUGGUUAGAUACAUUCUCCAACCAACAUGUAGUGGUUAGAUAAAUGCACAUAUCAACAUGUAGUUGUUAGAUAAAUGCACAUAUCAACAUGUAGUGGUUAGAUAAAUGCACAUAUCAACAUGUAGUGGUUAGAUAAAUGCACAUACCAACAUGUAGUGGUUAGAUAAAUGCACAUAUCAACAUGUAGUGGUUAGAUAAAUGCACAUAUCAACAUGUAGUGGUUAGAUAAAUGCACAUAUCAACAUAUAGUGGUUAGAUAAAUGCACAUAUCAACAUGUAGUGGUUAGAUAAAUGCACAUAUCAACAUGUAGUGGUUAGAUAAAUGCACAUAUCAAAAUGUAGUGGUUAGAUAAAUGCACAUAUCAACAUGUAGUGGUUAGAUAAAUGCACAUACCAACAUGUAGUGGUUAGAUAAAUGCACAUAUCAACAUGUAGUGGUUAGAUAAAUGCACAUAUCAACAUGUAGUGGUUAGAUAAAUGCACCUACCAAUAUGUUGUGACUUGAAAGAAAAGCUCAAUGCAAUUGCUAUCAACUCUAGUUAUUACUUUUUUCUGUGCCUGAAUGGUGUUCUCUGAUUGGUGGUUGUUAGUCGUUUUUUUUAAAACCCUUUUUAAUAAUAGCUCCACCCCUUUAAUUCAGGCUUAACCCUUGUUAGUAAUAACUCCACCCCUUUAAUCAUAGCUCAACCCUUGUUAGUAAUAACUCCACCCCUUUAAUCAUAGCUUAACCCUCGUUAGUAAUAACUCCACCCCUUUAAUCAUGGCUUAACCCUUGUUAGUAAUAACUCCACCCCUUAAAUCAUGGCUUAACCCUUGUUUGAAAUAACUCCACCCCUUUAAUCAUGGCUUAACCCUUGCUAGUAAUAACUCCACCCCUUUAAUCAUAACUCAACCCUUGUUAGUAAUAACUCCACCCCUUUAAUCAUGGCUUAACCCUUGUUAGGAAUAACUCCACCCCUUUAAUCAUACCUCAACCCUUGUUAGUAAUAACUCCACCCCUUUAAUCAUGGCUUAACCCUUGUUAGGAAUAACUCCACCCCUUUUAUCAUGGCUUAACACUUGUUAGUAAUAACUCCACCCCUUUAAUCAUUGCUUAACUCAUGUUAGUAAUAACUCCACCCCUUUAAUCAUGGCAUAACCCUUGUUAGUAAUAACUCCACCCCUUUAAUCAGGGCUUAACCAUUGUUAGUAAUAACUCCACCCCUUUAAUCAUGGCAUAACCCUUGUUAGUAAUAACUCCACCCCUUUAAUCAGGGCUUAACCAUUGUUAGUAAUAACUCCACCCCUUUAAUCAUAGCUUAAGCCUUGUUAGUAAUAACUCCACCCCUUUAAUCAUAGCUCAACCCUUGUUAGUAAUGUCUCCACCCCUUUAAUCAUGGCUUAACCCUUGUUAGUAAUAACUCCACCCCUUUAACCAUUACUCAACCCUUGUUAGUAAUAGCUCCACCCACUUUUUAUAAUAGCCAUAUUCUCUUUUUUUUGUCUUUAAUAACUCCACCCAUUCUUGCUUACCUCAAGAUCACUUCCGAAGCACAACCUACUCUAACAUGACCAGACCCUUUCUACCAAAGCUCUAUCCAUUCUAACUACACAUUAAAUUUACCUUUUAAACUUUUCUACUAGAGCCUCAACCAUUUACUUUUAAAAUCAUUUUAUAUCAUACACUAUUACACACUCAACAGUACUCAGACAUGGCUGUUGAAAUGGAAGGGGGUGCAGGUGCUUCAAAGAAAUGAUACUUUUACAUAAAGUUUGGGCUAUUUUUAGCUGUGCAAUGAUUAAUAAAUGAUAAUAGAAGGCUGACUAGCGAUUGGUACAAAAACUCAAUCUAUAUUCUCAAAAAUACUAGGAGCGGUACCGGGACAAAAUACUGCACUCGACUCAGCCCUAAUAUACAUCGCCUUUAUGAUUGCUUUCCAAGCCCAAUUUCAUCAAAGCAUUUGAAAUCUAACGUCCUUAUGUCACUGCCUACCUUUAUAAUUUGCAUUAUUGUUCCUAUAAAGAAAAUAAUCUUUCGAUCAAACUGUUUAAUGUUGACAGUAGCUAGAGCUACUUAAUAUUAGUAAUAAUGAGAAACUGAUGUUACUUGCUUUCGUGGGUGUUUUAGAAUAUCAUAAUGUAAACCGAUAUUUGAAUUUUUCAGAAUUAUUUUUAAAAAAUCCAUUGCACUUGUAAAAAAAGUCUUGUGAUAAAAAAAACUCUUCAAAACAAAAAAGUCAUUUAAUUUAAAUAUUUUACCAUUUGGAUUUUAUAAAACCUAAUUUUUGUUAGAGAUUAAUAUUUUAAAUUUUCAUUAUUAAUUUUGUGUAGUAAUGUUAAUAUAUGAGAGAGCAAAUUCAAGAUGUGUUAAGUAAAUACCUUGUAGAAGAAGAUAUGAUUAGGUUUGACAAUAAAGACAGGCUACGUGCCCUCUUCAGCAAACAAGACAAUUCAAGAAACGACAAAUAAUUGGAAAAUAAAAACUUACAUGUUCAAAGAUCUCAAUGCAGUUCUCUCAGUUUAUUUUUAGAAAACCAAAAAUGUUUCAAUGUUCAUGAAGCUUUUAUUUAUUAAAUUACUUUGCAUUAAAUGUUUCAUGAAAUUCUCAUUUUUAUUUUACUGUGCCAUAAAUAUUCAUGAAGUUGUCAUUGAUUUCAGUACUGAGCUGUACAUGUUCAUAAUUUGUUUUCCUCCAGAUUUGUGGAUGGGGGAGGUUACUGAUCGUACUGCCUCGCCCAUAGCAGGCGGAGGCAGUGCUGCAGCUGAUUAUGAUUACUUGAUUAAAUUUCUAGCCUUAGGUGAGUAUGUUGCUCCUUGAAAUAUUGUGUACAAUAAAAGAUUGUGUACAAAAUAGAUUGUGUCCAAGGGUAGAUUACAUACAAUAACAGAUUGUGAUUGUAUCCAACAAUAGAUUAUGUACAAUAAAAUAUUGUGUCCAAGAAUAUAUUGUGUACAAGAAUAGAUUGUAUACAAUAAAAGAUUGUGUGCAUUAAACAAUUGUGUAACAUAGUUAAAUGGUUCUCACAUCAUCAUGCCUUGUUCACCUGACUGAUGUAGCAUAAUGUAAAAAGAAAAAUUAGUAAUAAUAGUUACUUUAGACUUUAGGAACAAUUAACAGAACAAAAAUCUACUCCAUUCGCCCACAUAAACUACAUGUACAUAUGUACACAUGCAUAUAUAUAAAUUUAGUUAUCUAAAUUCAAAAUACUAAAAUUCCUCUCAGUAAUAACUUUAUCCUUUUUUUCCUUAUUGUUAAAAAAUGCUUGCUUUGCCAUGCACAAUGGUGGAUGCAGUGGUACGACUAAAUCCAAGUGCAUACACGAUGUCCGCUGGUCACUCUCCUCUUUCACUUUGUCUAAUAAUUUCCCAUUUAUGUCUAAUAAUUUCCCACUAACCCUCUAACUUGAUAUGUGUCCUCUUCCUUGCUCCACCAGCACCAGUAUCAGAUGAAUCACGCUUUGAAACUUUUGCUAAAUGUCUAAUUGAAAUUUAAAUAACACAAACAACACUGGGCUAUGCAUCAAAAUGAAGUGUGGACGCAAUUGAUGGUCAUGUGAUUAAUGUCACUUGGAAUGCUGAACGCUGUGUGCUUUUCCGUGAGCUAGCCUACUUCCAUGAUGAAAUAGUACUUACUCCGGGAUAGCUGAAAAAAUUCUAGUACAUUUAAUAAAUUAUAAUUGUAAAAUAUUUUUUUUUUGCACCCGGUAAUCAUUCUGUAACAUCGAAUCCACUGUAAAAUAAACCACUGUACAAUGAGGACCUCCUGUAUAUGUAUGUAUAUAUAUGGCAUCCUUAUGUAGUUCUAAGGAAUUCUACAGUUCAACGAGUGGCUCACUAGGCCAAUCCUAGAAUGGCAAUCUCGACUGCAUUUCUCGCAGGAGAAUAUUGAUUCCUGGUAAGAUUUUGACUUCCGUACUUUUCUUUUUGUCCUUGUUUCGCAUAUCUUCUGCCUUUUUACUCAUUCAUACACUGCUGUUCGCCAGCUGGAACAUUGUUCGGCAAUGAGCUCCCAUUGGUUGUUUUCAAUAAUUGCUUCCCUCAUGCUCCUUUUGCAAACGUCCAUAAAUCGAAUGCGUGGCCGUCCAACAAGUCUUGUCCCUUCUGCCAACUCUCCAAACAACAGCUUCUUUGGGAUACAGCCUUCCUCCAUUCUCCCUACAUGUCCUAACCAGCGAAGGCGCCUCUUGCUAAGAGCGGAGAAUAUGCUAAACAUUUGUGCACUUUCCAAGACCUCUGUGUUAGGCACCUUGUCCUGCCAUCGAAUGCCUAAAAUGCGACGCAGACAUCUUUGAUGGAAGCUGUUGAGUUUCCGCUCAUGACUGGUAUAUGUGGUCCACUUCACUGCCAUAUAGGAGCGGACUAAGCAUGCAUGCCUUAUAGACACUUAGCUUAGAUUGAGAUUAUUCCACACACGCUUUUUCAGUUUAGCCAUAGUUGUUGCUGCUUUUGCGAUCCUGAUAUUUAUCUCUUCAUCAACGGAGAGAGAACUAGAAAUAUUUGAUCCAAGGUAUGUGAAAUGAUCACAACCAAAAGAUUAUGGCCCUUAACAGAUAUGAUUGGAGAGGAUGGUGCUUCUUGCAUCAUGACAUGUGUUUUCUGUAGACUAAUUGACAGUCAUCAAAACUCUUUACAAGCGUGUGAUAGACGAUUAACCAGCCUCUGAAGACCUUCUACUGUGAGAGAUAUUAAAACGGCAUCAUCAGCGAAGCAGUUCACGAAUCAGCACCUUUUUUACUUUGGUCUUUUCACGAAGGCUGGUGAUAUUGAACAGCAUACCAUCAGAUCUGAUAUGUAUGUACACUCCAUCUUCACAGUCCCAGAAGGCAUUGAGAAGAAAAUGGAGAGGAGUGUUGAUGCCAGUGCACAGCCCUGUUUUCCUACGCUGCUGACUAGGAAUGACUUAGAAACAGCGCCAUUAAAACUUGCUGUGCUGCGCAUGUUUUUGUGAAAUGACUGGAUGAUUUUGAGUAGUCGUGGGGGACAACCUGUUCUUUGCAAGAUACUGAAUGCCUUUGUCAGGUCUAUGAAAGCAAUAUAGGAGGCAUAUGUUGUUCACGACAUUUCUCCUGCAUUUGGCGUAACGAGAAUAUCAUGUCUAUUGUUGAGCGACCACUCCAGAAGCCACCCUGGGACUGUGGGUAGAUGCUGUUAGCCAGACUCUGCAAUUGUUUAAGGGCAACAGGGGCAAAAGUCUUUCCAACUAAACCAAGGAGAGAAAUUUCUCGAUAGCUAUUGCAAUCACUUGGGUCCCCUUUAUUUUCAUACAAUGUUAUGAUGUUGGCGUCUCUCAUGUCCUGGGGAAUGUGACAUGUUUCCCAACACAGACAGAGGAGCUCAUGAAAAGGCUGAAGUAGGACAGGUUUUCCAUUUUUGAGGACUUCCGGUGGAAUGCCGUCAAUCCCUGGUGCCCUCUCAUCAGCAAGGUAAUCAAUGGCUUUUUCAAGCUCCUGUAAAGUUGGCUCUUCAUCUAGUUCUUCCAUUAUUGACCGCUCUGUCAAUAUAUAUAUAUACUCGACUUGCUAUUUCAACAUGUUUCUUGACAGGUGACUCGGGCGUGGGUAAGACUAGUUUCCUCUACCAAUACACAGACAAAGCUUUCAAUGGGAAGUUCAUCUCAACAGUUGGCAUCGACUUCAGGGAAAAACGAGUUGUAAGUGCAAUGUGAUCAUUAAAUAUUAUUAAAUGUGUAAUUUUAGAUAUAGUAAUUGUGUGCCGCCGACUGGUUGGAAGCUAAUUAUUUUGUGUUCAGGUUCACAGGACUAUUGGGGCUGACAGCUCAGUUGGACGCACUCAUAGAGUACAUCUACAGCUGUGGGAUACUGCUGGUCAGGAGAGGUAAGCGCUUAUAUUUGGUUCAUUUUUUCAUUCAACUAAGCAUUCAGCACAUCACUGGUUCUCUACUUUUUUUUGGUGGUCAUACCACCAAAAUAUAUGCUUCAGUACUGACCACCACUUAUUCCUAAUGAAAUGAAACAAAUCUCUAAACAUGUGAGUCAGGUUUGUCAAAUUUGACAGGACACACUAGACCCUAAUAACUUUAAAAAAUUUGUUUAGAAUGACAGAAAGGCAUUUUUCCUUAACUAAUUUGAAAAUACUUAUACUGGACAUGGGGAAGCCCUAGAUCUUAGCAAUUUUGAAACAAAACCAAAAAUAAAUGUAUUUUUGACCUAAAAAAAAUCAGACUUUGAUUUUUUGAGUACAUUGACAAAAUGCUACUGUCCUACAGAUGGCUUUUUAAAAACUUCAUAAUUUUUGUCUCAUUUGAAUGUGAUCUCUAAGCUUGAAGUUUUAUGCCAAGUUAAUCUAACAUUGUGCAAGCUCAUUUUUAACAUCUGGUCAUAUUUAUAUUUGUUUAUUCUUGUACAUGAAAUGAAGUACAGAUUAAAAAACUAUGACAGAUAAAAGAUCAGAUAACUCUGGAAACUGCACCAGGCAGUGCUAGUUAAUCAUUUGACAUAUAAUUAAGAUAAAGAGUAAGAUGGUUUUAAUGAUCUAAAAAAUGGAUUUGGUUCUUUCCAAAAUAGAAGAAUAACCAUUUUGAUAAAGCUGUUCCUGUAAAAGCCGGCAGAACACACAACUACCGCCCUCUAGGCAAGUCAACACCAACUAAAAAAUCCCAUGAGAGUGACCUACUUACUUGCUUUUUCUGCAGAUUCCGAAGCUUGACUACAGCAUUCUUCCGUGAUGCCAUGGGAUUCUUACUACUUUUUGACUUGACCAAUGAAGAGUCACUGCUGAACACACGGAACUGGCUGAGUCAGCUACAGGUGAGUCUACUUACCUUUAAUAUCUGGUAAACUUACCUUUACUACCUAGUGGAAAUAAAUUAAAUUAAGAUAUUUAAAAAUAUAUACAUCGAUCAAUUAAAUAUUUUCUGCGUGCUUCAUUGAUUAAUGGCAAAUUACUCCUCCAAAUUAAUCUCCAAUACAGGUUGAAAGUUUUCAUACAUAUACAUUGUCCAUAAAUUUGUUUAUUUUCACUAUUUCCAUAUAUUUAGUUUAUUUUCAUAUGUCCAUAUAUUUUUUUAUUUUCACUAUGUUCAUCUAUUUAGUUUAUUUUCAUAGGUCCAUACAUUUGUUUACUUUCACUAGGUCACUAUUUUUUUAUUUUCACCAGGUCUAUACAUUUGUUUAUUUUCAUCAGCUCCAUUCAUUUGUUUAUUAUCACCGGGUCCAUACAUUUGUUUAUUUUCAUCAGGUCCCUUUUUUUGUUUAUUUUCACUAGGUUCAUAUUUUUUUAUUUUGAAUUUUUUUAACGUUCACUCAUUUUAAAACAUUUUUGUUCAUUUUUCAUAUUGAUAUUUAUUUUUAACAUGACAGUGGUACUGGAAGAAAAUGUUUAAUUGAAACAAAGAACUGAAAUAUCCCAUUAGGAAAUGGCAUCGGCGGGCCGUCUAGCUAAUGCUUCUUAUGCUGUCCCAAAGCAAAACGAAACGGCACAUUGGAGAUAUCCUUUUGCCAGGACACACUCCACUCUAGUCAGCUCGAUCGGGUUCCGCCAGAGGCCGCCCCAACCCAAGGACAACCAGCCGAUCCGACACUGCGCAUAAACACAGUGCACAUGAUCAACUUUCUUAGGAGUCGGGAUGGUAAUUUUACGUCCUAAUAUCUUCCCCUACCCAUCCCAUAGAAGCAUCUGAUUCCUUAUAAGAGGGUUUCUACGGUUUCAACUAGUUUGUGAAGUAAGUAGCUGGAACAAAACGGUUGCCUAGGAGCAGCUUUCUCAGGGCUACAUAAAAAGAAUCAUCGGCUAGAGGUUUCCACCUUCGCCUCUUGCCUCAUAUCCAUUCAAGGCAACUAAUAAUCAUGAUCCCUACUGUGUCUCUGCCAUUACUUCCAACUGUGAAGCGUCACAGUUGGCAGGUCCUGUAGGUGCUGUUUUUAUUGCGGCAGGUACCAUGCAUAUCUCUUGUCUGCCCACAUGAGACAAGCAAUGGUGGUCUUGUUCCCCGGGUAACGUCAAGGGGGUCGGGUGGCCGAAGCCUCCUAAUCGACAAUGCACCAUAGGCUUUUCAACAGGAGCCUCGGAGGAAGAAACAGAAAACUGAGAUAUUGUGUUUGCAUGAUUACUUAUCCCUGUAUUAUGACACUAAGUAUUAUUGUUGAUCCCCAGACCCACGCUUAUUGUGAGAACCCUGAUGUUGUCUUGUGCGGUAACAAGGCAGACCUUGAGGACUCUCGCAGAGUUUCAGAGGACAGAGCUCGGGAUAUGGCUGAAAAAUUCGGGUAAAAAAAAACAACGUAUUAUCCAAACAUGAGCAUUAGUCCAUCCUCCCCCCAUCUCCUCUUUCAGUUUGAAUUUCUCCGCUGUCUAUUAGUGGCAGUGAAUACAAUCUUUGGCUUAGCCCAACCAAAUCAGGCACAAAUUAUGUCAGACUCAUGGAAACAUAAAAAAGCUCAUGGUGGAUAUAAUGUCGUUGUUAGUUGCUUUUUUAUUGCUGUUGCAAUAUCCAAUGAGGUCACUGUGUAAGCACAAAGCCAAAUAGUCAGAUAAUUAUGAUGACACUUUGCAGUAAUGUAGCCUUAAAAAAUGUUAUAAAUUUUGGAUUUCACAGAUUUGAAGUGUGAAAUUAGUUUGUUAAGAUUUAUAAAUAGGGCUAAUAAUUGUCAUUAUAUCAGGACAAUUACGGCAGAUUUUUUGUGUAAAUGUAUGUAAACAUUCAGCAAACCCCCCACCCCCCUUAAUCCUCCUGUGCCAUACACAAACAUACAUGAAAUCCCAAAAAUCCCAAAAAUCCCCCACCCCCUUCAAUGCAUAUUUAAUAUGUGGAUGGUCUCCAAAAGGCCAUACAGUAGUACCAUGUGUUUAUAUUAUUACAAAAUGACAUAGACAACACAGUUUUUCUUUCUUUAAUUAGCUGGACAGUAAUCUUUUAUCUUCUGUGAAUCUCUUCUUUAAUCCAAUAUCACCAUCUCUUCUUUAUUCCAAUAUCACCAACCCUACUUUAAUCCAAUAUCACCAUCUCUAAUCCAAUAUCAGAAUCUCUACUUUAAUCCAAUAUCAGAGUCUCUUCUUUAAUCCAAUAUCACCAUCUCUACUUUAAUCCAAUAUCACCAUCUCUUCUUUAAUCCGAUAUCACUAUCUCUACUUUAAUCCAAUAUCAGAAUCUCUUCUUUAAUCCAAUAUCACCAUCUCUACUUUAAUCCAAUAUCAGAAUCUCUUCUUUAAUCCAAUAUCACCAUCUCUUCUUUAUUCCAAUAUCACCAACUCUACUUUAAUCCAAUAUCACCAUCUCUAAUCCAAUAUCAGAAUCUCUACUUUAAUCCAAUAUCAGAAUCUCUUCUUUAAUCCAAUAUCACCAUCUCUUCUUUUUUCCAAUAUCACCAUCUCUACUUUAAUCCAAUAUCACCAUCUCUAAUCCAAUAUCAGAAUCUCUACUUUAUUCCAAUAUCAGAAUCUUUACUUUAUUCCAAUAUCAGGAUCUCUACUUUAUUCCAUUAUCAGAAUCUCUAGUUUAUUCCAAUAUCAGGAUCUCUACUUUAUUCCAAAAUCAGAAUCUCUACUUUAUUCCACUUUUUAGUCAUUUUACUAUGGACAAAUUUAAGCUCUUAUCUACUGAUUACGCCAGUUAAUUGGAAAUGCCAUUGUAACUAUAGAAUCUUUCACAGCAAAUCCUGGUGUAGACUUAAGAUGUACUUAAAAAAAAACAGUUGUUUAUAAGAGUGCAAGUGAAGCCAGCAAUUAGUGCCAACUAUAGUGACAUUUGUUGUUUAUAAGAGUGCAAGUUAGCUGGUAAUGAGUGCUCUCUAUAAUGACAUUUGUUGUUUAUAAGAGUGCAAGUUUAGCUGGUAAUCAGUGCUCUCUAUAAUGACAUUUGUUGUUUAUAAGAGUGCAAGUUUAGUUGGUAAUGAGUGCUCUCUAUAAUGACAUUUGUUGUUUAUAAGAGUGCAAGUUUAGCUGGUAAUGAGUGCUCUCUAUAAUGACAUUUGUUGUUUAUAAGAGUGCAAGUUUAGCUGGUAAUGAGUGCUCUCUAUAAUGACAUUUGUUGUUUAUAAGAGUGCAAGUUUAGUUGGUAAUUAGUGCUCUCUAUAAUGACAUUUGUUGUUUAUAAAAGUGCAAGUUUAGCUGGCAAUGAGUGCUCACUAUAAUGACAUUUGUUGUUUAUAAGAGUGCAAGUUUAGCUGGUUAUGAGUGCUCUCUAUAAUGACAUUUGUUGUUUAUAAAAGUGCAAGUUCAGCUGGUAAUGAGUGCUCACUAUAAUGACAUUUGUUGUUUAUAAGAGUGCAAGUUUAGCUGGUAAUGAGUGCUCACUAUAAUGACAUUUGUUGUUUAUAAGAGUGCAAGUUUAGCUGGUAAUGAGUGUUCUCUAUAAUGACAUUUGUUUACACUGCUUGAAUGCAGUCCUUCAUUUUUUAUCCUAUACACAGAUUACCCUACUGAUGACAUUUGUUUACACAGAUUACCAUACUAUUUUGAAAUUUCUUUACACAGAUUAUCCUACUAUUUUAGCAUUUAUAUACACAGAUUACCAUACUAUGUUGACAUUUAUAUACACAGAUUACCUUACUUUGAAACAAGUGCGGUGACAGGUCAGAAUGUGACAAAAGCCGUGGACUGCUUGUUAGACCGGGUUAUGGCCCGCAUGGACCUCUAUGUGGACCAGUCACAGAUGCCGAAACUAAAGAACGGUUCCAAGCACCCAGAACAUCGUGCACCCCAUCAUAGUGGCAACAAUGGCUGCUCUUGUUGAUCUAACUGCUGUUAGGAUUUCCUCAGUGGCAACUGUUGGUUUCCAAAAUCAUUCAGCAACAUUUCACAUUUCUAAUUACUUCACUUUAAUUAUGAUAUUUGUUUCCCUUGUUUAGAGUAAAUGUGUAUUUAAAGUUAACCACAAUCCAUAUGUCUUAAUCUAGUCAAUGAAGCUUCAUAAAUGUCAUUAGUGAUAAGAAAAGAGAAAGAGGCAUCACAAAAACUUACUAAUAUUUGAUAUAAAGGCAGUUAGUUGACUGUUAAAUAAAACAAUCAAUCAAAUAGGCUUGAAAAGCUUUCAUACUUUAAGAGAUUAAGUAAUAAAAAAGAAUAAUAUAAAAGCAAGUAUUACAAAGAAAUUAAAGAAUAAUAGGAAAUAAGAGAAACAAAGAAUGGGGAAACCUGGGGAAAAAAAACGAUGCAACAAAACAAUGAACAUGUUUUCAAAAAACCUUCUCCAGCAAACAAAACAACAGUAAAAAAAAACAAGACAAAAAUUCAACUAAACACCUAGCUGCAUUGUAGUAUCAGGGAGGACAGCAAGAGGAAUGUGAUAGACCGUUAGUAGGUAACAGAGUUAUUAUAGGCAUUAGUAGGAAACAAAGUUGAUAUAGACAUUAGUAGGUAACAGAGUUAAUAUAGACAUUAGUAGGUAACAGAGUUGAUAUAGGCAUUAGUAGGUAACAGAGUUGAUAUAGGCAUUAGAAGUAACAGAGUUAAUAUAGGUAUUAGUAGGUAACAGAGUUGAUAUAGACAUUAGUAGGUAACAGAGUUGAUAUAGGCAUUAGAAGUAACAGAGUUAAUAUAGGUAUUAGUAGGUAACAGAGUUGAUAUAGGCAUUAGAAGUAACAGAGUUAAUAUAGGUAUUAGUAGGUAACAGAGUUGAUAUAGACAUUAGUAGGUAACAGAGUUGAUAUAGGCAUUAGAAGUAACAGAGUUAAUAUAGGUAUUAGUAGGUAACAGAGUUGAUAUAGGCAUUAGAAGUAACAGAGUUAAUAUAGACAUUAGUAGGUAACAGAGUUGAUAUUGACAUUAGUAGGUAACAGAGUUGAUAUAGACAUUAGUAGGUAACAGAGUUGAUAUAGACAUUAGUAGGUAACAGAGUUGAUAUAGACAUU